AUGGCCUCCUCCUCCUCAAAAUGCGAAAUUAUCACACAAGCACUGAAGCAAGCAGUCAAAGACUCUAGGCUUGCUGCUGUCAUCUUCUCAAGCGGGUAUGCCGAGUCGAGAUGGUGUCUUGAUGAGCUGGUCGAGAUCUUGGCCUGCAGAAGAAUAAUGGGGCAAAUGGUUUUGCCAAUUUUCUAUGACAUCGAUCCCUCCGAUGUCAGGCAUCAGAGGGGUGCUUUUGAGGAAGCAUUCCGGGAACAUCAAAAGCGCUCCCCUGAAAUGGUGCAGACCUGGAAAGAUGCUCUUAAUGAAGCUGCAGAGUUGGGCGGCGAGGAUUUUAGUGCGACUGAUGGGUGA